GGUUCCAGUUCUUAUUUGCAGUAGAACCGUUGAAGUAUUCAGACCAAAAACAUCGUCGGCACUUACAAUGAGGCGUCUUACGUUGUUAAUUAUCUUAAUAUCGCACGGACUAGUUCAAUCCCAGCACGAUCCGCAUUUUUAUCCGAACCGAACGACUAUUGUGCAUCUUUUCGAGUGGAAAUUCGACGAUAUUGCAAGGGAAUGCGAGAACUUUCUAGGACCAAAUGGAUAUGGUGCUGUACAGGUUUCACCAAUCACCGAAAAUGCAAUAAUUGAACCACGACCAUGGUGGGAAAGAUACCAGCCAAUUUCCUAUCUAAUUGCUUCCCGUUCAGGAGGUGAGGAAGAGUUCGAGGAGAUGGUCAGGCGAUGCCAUCACGCAGGUGUGGUUGUCUAUGUAGACGUUGUACUUAAUCAUAUGGCCAGACAUCAGAAUCGAAUAAUUGGAACGGCAGGGUCUCAUGCGGAUACAGCCAUCAAAAGCUUCCCCAUGGUCCCUUAUACCGUUCACGAUUUCCACCCCCGAUGUACAAUCAGAAACUACCACAAAGCGGCUGAAGUCAGAAAUUGCCAACUAGAGGGCCAACUCGAUUUGGAUCAAAGUAAACCAAAUGUCCAGGAUCACAUAGCCGAUUUCCUGAAUGAGUUAAUCAAAAUGGGGGUGGGUGGAUUCAGAAUUGAUGCAGCCAAACACAUGUGGCCUCGCGACCUUGCUGACAUUUAUCGCAAAAUUGAUGAUUUGAAUCCUGCGUUUGGCUUUCCCAUACGGGCGCAUCCUUUUAUCUAUCAGGAAGUGAAGGAUCUGGGAAAUGAAGCUGUUAAAAAGAAUGAGUACAAUGCGCUUGGGGUGGUGACGGAGUUUCGAUAUGCGGUAGAAUUGGCUAAACUUUUCCGGAGGAAAACACCACUCAAGCUCCUCAAGAAUUGGGGUCAAGAAUGGAAUUUCCUUCCGUCACGAGAUGCAUUAGUGUUUGUCGAUAGUUACGAUACUCAAAGGGGACGUGGUCCAGGCGUACUAACACAUCGAAGUAGGCGGGAGUAUAUUAUGGCAGUGGGAUUUAUGAUGGCGCAUCCAUACGGUAUUAAAAGAAUUAUGAGUUCCUAUAAGUUUACACAUCCAGAUCAAGGUCCACCAGCGGAUAGUAAUGACAAUAUCAUAUCACCCAAGUUUGAUGAGGACGGCCAAUGCAGGAACGGUUGGAUCUGCGAACACCGGUGGAGGGAGAUUUCAAACAUGGUGGAAUUCAGGAAUAUAGUGAAAGAUUCUCCUAUUACAGCGUGGUGGGACAAUGGAAAUAACCAAAUUGCUUUCUGCCGUAAGAGCAAAGGAUUCCUUGUCGUGAAUAAUGAGGGCAACGAUUUGGAGCAGAGCCUCCAGACGUGUCUUCCAAAGGGAAGCUAUUGCAACGUUAUAUCUGGUCGCAGGAAUGGAACUUCCUGUACCGGAGAUACUGUCGAAGUGGGUGAAGAUGGAAUGGCUACCAUCCGAGUUCCGAUAGAAAUAGGAAUUCUGGCAAUUCAUAUUGGGGAGAAGCUGUAAUUGCAAUUCCCGUGGAGAAGCAUUGAGGUCAUGUAUCUUCAUCUGAAAAGCGUCAUUAUUAAGUUAUUUAUAUGUGCAUUGUAAUGUGAGAAUAAACGGCAGUUUUUGUAAGA